UUGUAAGGACAUUAAUACCUGAACAGGUGGUGCAGCAAUACACUACCUAUUGUCAAGAAACCAGUUUUGAACCAAUGAGCCGUAGCAGUUUAUGUAGAGUGUUGAGUGUAUGUAGUGCUUCCGUAAGGAGUCACUACAAGGACUUGACUAUUUUUCUGCCGAUGGUGCUCAAGCCUUUGAGGAAAUGGAGGAAGUAGUCCAAAAGCUUGGAGAUGAAUACGGAAAAGGUCAUCCCUGGGUAAAGAAUCAAAUCAAUGAAUUGAAAAUUGCAAAGCGCUAUUUGAAAAUUGAUUACAAGGUUCAUGUGUCAAAAAGCUCACGAGUCCCCGACCACUGUAGAGCGCACGCUCGCAGUCAUGAAAGUGAUACGGAUUUCACCACUAAAUGUGACCAUCAGCACGACCUAAAAGGUGACCGGUUUGAGCUGAUUCCAUCUGUGUUUGAUGAAGUUCAUUCGGCUUUGGAGGAUCUGGCCAUUGACAAUGAAGAGAAGAAAGAGAUGAUGUAUGUCAUCAUCCAAUCGAAGAAAAAUAUCCAAGCCUGGAAAGCCCACCUGCUGCGUGCUAUCAAUCAAGAUGAAGCCCGGUUGAACGUUCUGCAGAGUCUGGGUCCAACCUCAGUACUUGUAGUAUUAGACUGGGCUAUGAAGUUUCUCCCAAGGAAAUACCGUGAAAGCCAAUCUGAUUGGUAUGAAAAGAAAGGUAUUUCUUGGCACAUUGCAGUAGCUACAACAAAAAGAGAAGGUCAGUUGGAAAUGUUGACAUUCGUCCAUGUUUUCAAAAGCUGUACCCAGGACAGCUAUUCAGUAAUGGCUAUCAUUGAUGAUGUUGUAGGACAACUGAAAACUGAAAGGCCUGAGCUCGAGGAAGUAUUUCUAAGGCAGGACAAUGCUGGCUGUUACCACAGCGCAUUCAACUUACUGUCCAUGAAAGAAAUAGCCAAAAAACACAAAGUUAAAUUAAGGGUCGAUUUUUCAGACCCUCAGGGCGGUAAAGGGUCAUGUGAUCGAAAAGCUGCCACCAUAAAGAACCACAUCAAGGCAUACUUGAACUCUGGAAAAGAUGUCGAAACUGCAGAACAGAUGAAAAUAGCCAUCGAAUCAUUGAGUGGUGUCAAUGGAGUAAGAGCUAUGCUAUGCGACCCGCCUUCAGUCCCAAAUUUAGUGCCUUUGAAAUGGGAUGGAGUUAGCUUCAUUAACAACAUCUCCUACAAUAAGAAUGGCAUGAAAGUAUGCAGAGAGUAUGGCAUUGGCGAGGGUAAGACCUUGAAAUGGAGUGCAUUUAGCCUGCCAAAAAGUAUUCUUUUGCCAAAACUAAACGUCAUUAAAAACGCUACUCCCCCUAAAGCCACUUUUACAGAGGUAACUGCAAGAACGAGACCAGCAGCGAAAUCUAAAAGUAUCGAGACCCAGCCUACGCAUACGGAUGCUGAAAGCUCCAGCUCAGAAGAUGAAGAGCAAACGACAAAGCUGUUUUCAACUCCCGACGACGGCUGCAUUAAAUCGUUCCAGCGUUUUUCAUCUCUUCAACGCCAUCUUGACGUCGGUAAGCAUAAAUAUGUAAUGGAACGCGAAACACUUCUAGACAAGGCGAUGCUGUCAUACGCCUUAAAACGUGACCAAGGAAAUGCGUCAUUGGAGAACCAGCCACUUGAAGAACCAAGUACUUCCCGCACAUUGGCAUAUGGCGAUGCUCUAUCAAAAGGCUGGGCAUUGAAGUCAUCCACUGUCUAAAGGAAACGCGUGAGCAAAGCUCAAAAGGACUAUCUUACCAAGAURUUCGAUCUUGGAGAGCAGACAGGGCACAAAGUGGAUGCUAAUACCGUAUCUAAUUCUGUGAGAAAGGCAAGAAACCUUGAUGGUUCUUUUAUGUUUAAUUCAAAUAAGUACCUCACACCAAAGUAGAUAAAAAGUUUUUUCUCACCGAAUAUUUAGAUAGUAUAGAACACGGUUUUAGGGGUUUUAAGUUGAUUAGAAUCGAUUUUUGUACUGAACUCGCUCGGUAAACUCAACGC